GUUGGUUUUAAAUACUUUGGAUUCCUUUCCAACAACCAGCACAGGUUUAGACAGAGAGGGGAGGCAUUAGGACACUGUUUAGGCAUCCCAAAUGGCACCCUGUUCCCUAUAAAGUGUGUAGGUCUAGGUCAAAAGUAGUGCACUAUAGAGGGAAUAACAUGCCAUUUGGGAGAGUCUCAACUAUCAGAACGCUGUCUGACACAACAACAUUACUCUGACCAACUAGAAUACAGAUGAUUUCUGAAGUGGAAACAUGUUACAAUGAAAUGCACUGCAGCCAUUUGUUUCAGACGUAGAAGGAUUGUUAACGUGUUUACUGGGUUAAUAACACGGUUAAUAUUUGUCCUUGCAGGUGACUAUCGGGUUUGAAUCCAUGACUCCAUGAUGAAUACACAUGUAGUUAUGAGAGACGGGCGAGUGCUGUCAAGGGCUGAGUUCUUGUCAUUGCUGAACACGUACAACUGUUUUCUGAAAGACAAGACACAGCAGCAUCUUGUCUUCUAUGAGAGAGAUGGAGAGGUGGUGUUCGAGGGAUUCCUGAAUAUCAACUGGGGAGUACGGCAGCCUAUCAGGCUCAAAAUACAGGAUGACAAACAACAACCGAUCACCAGCCUACUGUCACCUGACCCAGUCAGUCCUCAUGGACGCAAGAGGGGGAUGACACGAUGGGGGGAGUUUGAAGACCUCCAUCAGAUCAAUGAGACAGAGGAGACCAACAAGCAGCAUCCUGCAGAGGAGACCAGCAACCACACGACAGGGAGCUACAGGAGUUAUGAAAGCUGUACGCUGCGUCCCACCCCCACAAAGCAGAAGACGGAGGUGGAGGAGGAGCAGUCCAACCUGAUCCGCUGUAUGAGUGAUGCUUCCUUGGUGAAGAGGAGGGUGAAGAGGAGUCCCUCACAGAGAGAGAGGAACAGGCAACACUGCUUCUCCAUCAACGGACACUUCUAUAACUACAAGACGGCUAUAUUCACUCCAACCUAUGGAACAUCCACUAAUGUCCGUAUCAACAGCAAAAUGACAACACAUCAGGUCAUAUCACAGCUCCUUCAGAAAUUCAAGAUAGAAAAUGAUCCUAAUGAGUUUGCCCUCUACUGUGUCCAUCAAAGUGGAGAGAAGAAGAAGCUGUCUGACUCAGAUCUGCCGCUGUGGGAGAGGCUUGUUCAGGGCCCAGCAGAGAACAUCAUGAAGAUUUUCCUCAUGGACAGAGAUGAAGAGGAAGUCAGCAACGAUGUGGCCAUGUACCUCAACCUGGAGCUGCCCAUCCUGGAGGGGGUUCUAGUGAAGCUGGAGGAGGAGGAGAACAGAGCAGUGCAGAGAAUCACCACCAAGUACAACCAGCAGCAAAUAGUCUUGUCUCAGCUUCUCAGCUCCAAGAUCACCAAGACCGAGACAGAGGUGUGAGGAGUGGACUUCACACAGAUUGGACUUCACACAACACAUACCAGAACAACAGUACACAGAAUACAUGAAGGGACAUACUGUCCAGGGAAGAGGAUGUUCAAGAUUAAAUUAAUAACUGUGUCCCAAAUGGCACCCUAUUCCCUAUAUAGUGCACUACUUUAGAUCAGAGCCCUAUUCCCUAUAUAGUGCACUACUUUAGAUCAGAGCCCUAUUCCCUAUAUAGUACACUA